AUGCACGGCGGGGAGCCCCUACGAGAUGAUGCAUCUAUUAGGGACUUCAACGGCGGCGUAGGGUGCCACAUAGCCUCGGCCAUAGAGGAUGCCUUGUUGUUCCCAAGAGAUAUGGCCGGAAUAAAGAAUGUGAGGAAGAAUGAACUCAUCCUCAACAAUAAAAGAUACUUGGGCAUGAUUAUCCAAAAUACUUUCAAGUUGGAUGAGAUGUUCAAUCUCUGCUCCAAUCAGUUAGAUGAUGAAAGGAAGAAACGGGCAACGGCUGUACAGACUUUGUCCCAAUCUGAACAGGAUUUGGCCGAUGCGAAGAAAAAGUUACUUACUGAGGAGCAAGCUCGCAAGAGCGCUGAGUUGGCCUUGGAAGGUUAUCAAAAACAGGCCGAGGACCAGGGGAACCGCUUGCGUGAGGCGAAUGCCAAACUGAAGAAGGCUCGGGAACAGGCUGUAGCCCUUAGGAAGCACUUGGAGGAAACCCAAAAGCUGAGGGAGCAAGCUGAAAAGUCCAGGGAGGAAGCCGAGAAAGCAAAGACCGAGGCCGAAUAG